ACAUUAGCGAACGGCCCUGCCUCAUAUCGUAUGGGCCCCACUGCUCACGCUCUCAGACCGAUCCGACCCAAAGCCCUCGUUUCUCAUCGCGCCACCGCUUACCCCGCCGCCGCCGCGUCGGCAGCGGCGAUGGCGUCGUCGUCGUCGCGGCCGAUGCUCCGCCGCCUCGCAGAACUGGCCAGAGGCCGCGUCCGCGCCAACCACCGCAUGCUCUCAUCCGCCUUCCCGUCCACCGCCGCCAUCGAGAGGGCUUCGCAGUCGCCGGCGGAGGCCCAGGCCGUGCGCAUGACGGAGGGUUGCGUGCGGAGAUUAAAAGAAUUACAUGCUAAAGAACCAUCCGCUGAAGGUAAGAUGCUGCGCUUAAGCGUUGAAGCAGGUGGAUGUUCUGGGUUCCAAUAUUCUUUCGCUCUUGAUGACAAGAAAAACUCAGACGACAGGGUUUUUGAGACUGAUGGUGUUAAAUUGGUCGUGGAUGACAUCUCAUAUGACUUCGUAAAAGGUGCCACUGUGGAUUAUGAGGAGGAACUUAUACGUUCAGCGUUUGUGGUUUCAACAAAUCCUAGUGCUGUUGGGGGCUGCAGCUGCAAGAGUUCUUUCAUGGUGAAAUAGCUUCAAUGUUACCUUGAAGAGAUCAAUAACCAGAAAUAGCAUUCUGUAGCGGAACAUAUGCUUUGAAUCUGAGUGUACAAUUGGUAUUUUUUGGUAGUUCUGAAGAUGUUCCUUCUUGAGUUUUGUUACUGUUAGCAAUAUCAUCACAAACUGUGUGGUUCAAUCUGUAUGCCUCUAACUUGUGAUAGUUGUCUUAUGAUGACAAGUUUGUGUACAUGUAAUCUUGUGGCUAUUAGCAUUUGACUUUAUGUUGCUUCUUACAAAAAUGCUAAAUAAGAGGAACAUUCUAUUGUUGUAUUGAUAUGACUGAAUAUACUGAGAAUUUUUUUAGUCUCAA